AUGCACUCUAAUUGGGAGAAUUACAUUUCUGGUGCCUGGCUGCAUGAUCCAGAAUUCAACUUACCUGUGUGGUUUCAGAGGCACAUCACAUUCAAGCUGGGCCAUUUCCAUGGCUAUAAGGGUGGUGAGGAAAUGAGUUAUGCUUUGGCGCUUGGUGUGGAAGCCACUCUGAGUGACAAGUUUCCUUAUCUGGAUGGCACUGAACCAGAGAAUACCACUAUACUGUGGUUUCAUUGUAUUCAAGCUAGUGACGAGGUGGUCAUAGAAGACCAUUACCUCAACAUUCUUGCUGUGGUGCCCAACGCGGCACUGCAGAAUGCCUAUCAUGACGUCUGUAAUGCUUAUGCAUGGGCAGAUGAUCUCAGGGAAGCUCUCAGGGUGCUCUUUGAUCAGACAAUCAGAGAAGCUCAUUUUAAAAUGAUUAAGCUCAGAACUAUGGGAAUUUCUUUGAGGAAUGACCCGCUGCCCGCUGUGCAAUGCAACUGUGUGAUCCCUGAACUGCCCACUAUAGUGAUAGAUGUGAAUGGUCACCCAGCUCAUGCCUUGUUAGACACUGGGUCUAUGGCUGAUUUCAUCUUCGCAUGGCUGGUUCAUCAGCUGGGACUGAAGUCCUUUGAAUUGGCCAAACCGUUGCCUGUGCACCUUGCUGUGCAGGGAUCAAGGUCUAAGAUCCACUCCAGAUUGGCACUUGGAUUCAAUCCUACAACGGUAGAGAUAGGCAGUACCAAAUUGCUUCCCGUUGAAGGAAAGCAAUCGAAGGUUCUGGAAUCUCAGGCUACAGAGACUGUGUGCGAAUAUCUUCCUCAGGAUUCACCCCUGCUGCCUCUGCAUGCGAUUGAUCAUGUCUAUACUUGGUGA